AUGUUUUCCAACUUCACGAACAUUGUUCACAAAGCCCAGCAGUUCAUUGACCCUACGCAAGGCCUCAACCUCUCCAACUCGGACCGCAACCCGUCGAAAGCUUCACUCUUCCAGAACCAAUUCCGCAUCCCCUCCACGCAGAACCCCCUCCACGAGAUCAACGCCGAGCUUACGAUCCCACCUUCGAACCAGACAUCCGGCGACAAAGACCACGACAGAGGAUGGCACUAUGCGGGAAAGCUCCACUUGUCAGAAGGCUACAUGUGCUUCUCGACCACGCCCUCGAGCUUCGCCCAAUCUGCUAGCGUCUCAACAUCGUCAGCCUUCACUGGGCAAACGCACGGGGGCGGCCCUAGCGGAAACGGCUUCACUUGGCCGCUCUGCGCCAUCCGGAGGGUAGAGAGACUGAAUAGCCAGAAUUUCCAGUUUGCUCUGGCGUUCACAACGUGGAAUGGCUUGCUGUACGAAGACACCAAAGACACCAAGGCGAAGCAAGACGGUCGAGAGCAGCGCAUCAUCAUUCAUCUUGCAGGCACCCGGCAGUCAUGCGAGCGAUUCUGCGACGGAUUGAAGAAGGGUCUGAGAGCUGGGGUGGGCAGCGUCGGCAAACUACGAAAGGUCGUUGCCGAGGACUACUCCGAAUACCUGCUCCGGACUGAAGACAGGAAGGGAAUAAGCCCACCGGACGCUGGCCUCGGCAUGAUCUUCCGAUACCCUGGCGACCCGAAGAAGCUUCGCGACCGCGCAAAGAUGCGUCUUUGGGCCGAAUAUCUACGCGACAACGGGCGCAAUGUGACACUCGUUCGACAACCUACAUUCCACAAACUGAUUCGUGUAGGGCUCCCCAACCGCCUCCGAGGUGAGAUAUGGGAGCUCACGUCAGGAUCGAUCUUCCUGAGACUGGAGAACCCCACACAGUACGAGGAGACACUGGCGAAAUUCGAAGGCCAGGAUUCACUCGCUAUAGACGAGAUUGAGAAGGACCUGAACCGCAGCUUGCCGGAGUACCCGGGCUUCCAAAGCGAAGAAGGCAUCAAUCGGCUGAGACGCGUCUUGGUCGCGUACAGCUGGACCAAUCCUGACGUGGGGUACUGUCAGGCGAUGAACAUUGUCGUGGCGGCACUUCUCAUCUACAUGUCCGAAGCGCAGGCCUUCUUCCUGCUGUCUGCGCUGUGCGAUCGGCUCGUACCCGGAUACUACUCGACUACCAUGUACGGCACCCUCCUCGAUCAAAAGGUUUUCGAGGGUUUGGUUGAGAAGACGAUGCCGAUCCUCUGGGACCACCUUGUCAAAAGCGACGUGCAGCUGUCGGUGGUGUCCUUGCCCUGGUUCCUGUCACUCUACAUCAACUCGAUGCCUCUGGUGUUCGCUUUCCGGGUCCUGGAUGUGUUCUUUGUGGAAGGCCCCAAAGUUCUGUUCCAAGUCGGACUGGCUAUCCUGAGGAUCAAUGGCGAGGAAUUGUUAGACGCAACCGACGAUGGCACUUUCAUCUCCGUCCUCAAGUCAUACUUCUCGCGGCUGGAGGAAUCUGCGCACCCCAAGUCCGAGAACCCCAAGCUGCGCGCCGUGACACGUUUCCAGGAGCUCAUGGUCGUUGCCUUCAAGGAGUUUGCGGGCAUCACCCACAACAGCAUCACAGAGCUGCGCCUGAAGCACAAGGACGCCGUUCUAAAUAAUAUUGAGAACUUUGCCAAAAGGACAGCCAUUCGCAACCUUGGCCCUGAUAGCAAAUUGUUGAGCACUGAAGAGCUUGGCGCACUGUACGACAGGUUCUACAACAUUUUGUAUGAUCGUCAGCAGAGGGACAUGAUGCUUCAGCAGGACAAGAUCAGAAAGGCGAAACAAAGCCGAGCGCGAGCCUCCGAGAUAUUCUCUGGUGGCCAGGACGAGGUGGAAAAGGGGCGAGUCGGCCUUGGGCCUAGUACAAGCCACAUGGACUACGAUGCCUUCCGCGAGUUCCUGGCAUCCACGUCCAAGUGGGCCAUUUCAGAUUCGCCAGGGUCCUCGAGACGCGAUACCAUGUCAGAAUCCGACAGGCCCACCAGAUACCAGAGCGCACGCAGGCCGACCGAGUCCAUCUCGCCUUGGGGCUCGGGCCCAGAACCAGCUGAGCACGAGUUCUUGCAGAGGCUUUUCAAGAAGUGGGACGUGGACGGCACCGGCCAGCUGACGCUCCAGAAUGUGGUCACUGGGCUCGCGAGGAUCAAGGGGAGACGCGACAUAAUGGGUACCAUCACCUACUUCUUCGAGCUGUACGAUGAUGACAAUGACGGCAAAGUUGACCGUGAGGGCAUAUUGCGUAUCUCGGAGGCCCUGCUCUUCUUGUCACGUCGGGGUCUGGAGGGUAGCCUCAGCCCCAGCGCCUCGACCCUGGCCUUGAAUGGCGACUCUAGUGUUGUUCGCGAGUCCCAGGGCAGCCUGGCCCCCGGAGCAUCGGCUAACGAACGGUUUCUGGGCAGUGUCAGCGCUUUCAUCCGCCGCUGCUUCGAGUACGCCGACCCUGACCAUCCCAGCAACCAGGCCAUCGAGAAGUUCCAGACCGAAAAGGACGCCGAGGACAACAGCAACGCCUUCGCCAUUGGCGAUGAUGAUGAUGAAGAGGAGGAUGGCGGUGAAGAAGACUUGCUGGGCUUCGAAUCUCCGUCGGGAUCGCCGUCAAAGGCUACAAAGCCACCCACGUUGGCAACCGAAGAUACCCAGGACUCGCAGCGGAGUGUUUCGAAAGCAAAGUCCGAGGCUGCCAAUGCAGCACUUGACCCUGCUCACCCUCUACACAUGACACUUCCCACCUUCAGAAUGGUCGUCCUCGCCGACGAGCUCCUGGAGCAAUUUUUUGAGUCGUCAUUCCCCACAUCCUUCCAUGUCGUCGAUGGAGUGCCGAGCACAGCGUCGGCCUCAGCAGGGGGACUGACCACAUUCUCUAGUCUCGGUUUCGGCAGCCGUCCGCCGGUGCCCAUUUCACCCGCAGCUGCAGGAGCGGGUCGCGGACUGCGUGGUGUCAUGGAUGGCAUCAUCACAGACGGUAUGCGUGUGGCAACAGAGGUGCGCAGGCGCAUGGACGAGGCCCAGAAGGAGCUGGAGAAGAACGCCCUCCCGGGACAGAAGCCUGACGAGGACGAGGAGGAUGACGAAGAUAUCGGCAUCGCCGUGGGGGUCCGACGUGGACCAGGGGGCGCCAGUGGUGAUUCGGACAGCCGCUCUGUCAAGAGCUCCGACCUCGAUCUCCUGAGCGGAGCCGACGCAGAGGCCGGCGCGGUCAAGGAACAGGAAGCGAAUUUGGCGGAUAAGGAUCUGCAAGGAGGGAAGCCUCUCCCACACCGGCCCGCCACGACUAAUGAACCUGGUGUCGUUGAGUUUGAGGGAUGA